CGUCCCCCCUCCCCCUCCCCUACAACCGCGACGGCAAUUCAGGCACGUAUGUCUGAGAGUCCUUAGUACUAAUGUCCAAGAAUGCCGCGAAGCAGCGCUGGCGUCGGCCGCUCCAUGCGGCACUAUGGCUUCCUCCCUGUCGAUCCCCGCGUUUUUCGCUCGCAAUCCGCGUCGCGAUCCUCCUCUCGGUUCUUCUCUCGCUCUACCUCGUCUACAAAGAGACUCUAUUUAUAGACCUCGUUCUCGUUUCCCGCAUGCAAUUCGCUCCCGCGAUCCGCCACCCUAACGCGACCCAAGCAAUCCUGACCGUCGCGCUCGGGUUAUCCUCGAUACGGCCCGUCUCGUUUGCGAACAAGCAGUCGUACUGUAACCGGCACGGCAUCGAGUGCAUCUUCGUUACAACUCCGGUCAGCAACCGUACGCCUGUGUGGCAGAAGGUGGAGCUCCUAGCGCGUUACCUCCCGCGGUACGAGUGGAUAUGGCUGCUCGAUCUCGACGCAAUCAUUACCAAUAAGUCCGUCAGCAUUAGCGACAUAGUUGCCAACGCGCAGGCUAGAUCGCAAGCGCAGGGGCAGCAGCUGUCUAACCCGCUGAUCGGAGCAGGUACUCCAGUUCCGGGGCUAGGGAGAGGGGGGAGAGCGGCGGGGGGAUUCGGCGCGCGCAAUGACAGUUCCGCCCGAGCAGUGAGCGCAGCAGCGAAUGCCACUCAUCCCGCGGAUGCCGCGGACGCCGCCAACGGCGCAACCAUUCCCGCCACUCACCCCCACGUCGACUUAAUUUAUGCGCGCGACUACGAGGACAGGGGUCUUAACGCCGGGUCGCUCUUCUUCCGCCGCGCGCCGCGGUUCCUAGAAACCGACUUCUUCCCCCAUUGGCUGGCGCUCUCGCGAAUGUUCCACAAACGGGAGCUCGAGGAGCAAGGCGCGCUCGCGGACAUGCUGCAACGUGACUAUAAGGGGGUGCGGGGCGCGUCGGUGCGGCUAGAGAUGCAGGAGAUUAACUCGUAUUGUCCCGAGCAUGAGAUUAAGGAGCUUAGGUGGCGCCGGGGAGACCUGGUGGCGCACUUUCCGGGGCAGUGUAAGAAACGGCUUGUUCCGUUUGUGAGGCGGAAUUGGAAAGAGAUUCUUGAUUAAAGGCGUACUGUGUGAUAUAUGGUACCUAAUGGGAGGUACCAACCAAUGUUUAAGGUGGCAUAAUGACAUCGGUUCACAUCCUCCUGGCCUGACCCUUGCCCUGCAAACUGCCUACGUUUCCCGUCUCAUGAGUCGAUUUUCGAGUCGACUAAAAAAUCGACUUAUUACACACGUUUCCCAUACCUUCCCAUUUCCAGAGUAAUAUCCCCAUCCGCAUGGCCCCCCAUCCCACGACUCCCCAUCCCAUGCUUCCUCAUCCCAU